AUGGCGGCGGCUUUCAGAUUGCUGCAUUUGCCUGUCGAACUCGUCCUUCUCAUCCUCGAACUUGCCCAGCAGCUCUGGCACGAUGAGAUGUUCGCUGCGCAUGCUCCCUAUGCUGGCGUCCGACGCAAUCCGCCCCCAUGGCCUCCUCAGCGCAUUGACGACGUCGCAAGCUGCUGCAAUGGCACGGCAUGGGAUCUCACUCGACCCAUCUGCUUGAGGAAGGCUGCCCCGUUGCGGUUACGGUCACCCGCCCACCGACUUUCGCUCACUUGCCACACCCUGCGCCGGCUUCUAGACAAGAGGGGCGGGGAUAUGUGGAAACAAGAUAACGCGCUGUUCAAAUCGAUCACCCUGCGCAAGUCGGCAAAUAGUCUGCCUUCGCGCUCGACCCUUGUGGCGGUGAACGUCUGCGAUUGCUUGAUCCCGGUCAUUGAAUCGACGCACCAGAAUCUCGCGGCCCUGAAGUUAGCCUUGCCCUGGCAUGACCACCGUUCAACCAUGCAUCGGUUCUUCAAAAAGUGCUGGGGGAACAAGGGUGGUAAUUUACGACUUAUCGACGUCGAAACGUACGAGGAAUCCCCGCAUUACCCAGUGUAUCCCUGUCUUCAAAUGAGAGCGGUGCGGAUCCCAGGUCUCGAGGCCAGCCGUUCUUCUGGGGGGAAACUCUACUACAGUUCCGACUCCUUGACUUCGCUCUAUAUCCAUCACUCCCAGGAAUGGAGACCGCGCUAUGGUGCAGGAUUGUCCGAGGCGCUCCGGGCCUGCUCCUCUACUCUGGAGUAUCUCACCAUUGACGCAGGGGGAGCUACCUUUGACGAAUUGGAGCCGUUCAGUCUGCCUCAACUUCUCUACUUUCGUCUCGCGGCACCGCAGAACACCGGUUUCAUUUUCUUGCGCUGCGCUACUCUUCCGAACUCGGUGGAUUUACAUCUUGAGCCAGUGGUGUCUUGGCGCAAGAAGUCGCGCUGGUUGUCGCGCGUCCGACAAUCCACGCCGUUGGAAGUCGAUUUCCGCGAACUCAACAGAGCGGGAGAAGUGCCCAGAGAAGCCGAGUUGAGGCAAUACAGCUGCGCCCUUUCUGCGCCAGAUCUUCUACCGGCGAUAUUCUCAACAGCGGUGGGAAGCGGGAGUGCAGGGUCUGAGCCUUGGCUCGCGAUGAACUCGAUGGGUCUAGAUGUGCGCAUCAGCCCUGAUCUUGACCCCGAGCUCCCGGUCGCCGCGUUCCUCCCCGAAGUGGUCAGCGUCGCUUUUGCAUCGUCCCAAGCCGGGCUGCAUAGUGUCUUGGAGGACCCGGCCGGGCGAGAUUGGCGACGGAGUCGCGAGCUAGUGACAGCGCAGUCACCACGGCGAUCCCUCACGAUUAGGGACAGCUAUUGCGCCCGGCGCCCGCCGAGGCACGAUGAUGGUGGAGACCGGGUCGAUCCCAGGGCGUCGGAGCCCUUCUCGCCGAAAGCUCUGUACGACGCUUUGCGCCAUGUCAUUCAUGCUGCUCUCGAAGCCAGAGUGAACGCCGACUGGGUUGUCCAGGAGCUCACAUUCGCCAAAGACUCCUGGCUACCAGAUCGAUCGCUGGGGUACGCGCACAUCCUAGACGAUUUCAAAGGCUUGCGCGCCCUCUACUUCUCCAGUCCAGUUCUCGGAACCCACGCAAAGUUUGGUCAGAACAAGGAGGGGGCCGUCGCGUUCUCCCAUUUGCACGCUUUGGCAAUUUACCUCAACACGCCAUUCCGGCGAAAUUCAUACCCGUGUCCGCUGCUCGAGAGAAUAUGUUUGCGCCACGACAGCGCCACAAGGGGCUUGCUUUGGGGUUCGGCAACCGACCUUGCCUCGAUGCUCAAUUCGCCUGGGCGAUUGAACGCGGGAAUCGCCCACAUCGCUGUCGUUUUCGAAUGA